AUGACUAGCACUGCAAAGCCUCAGCCUGCUUCAGCGCCACCUCAGUUCUUUGUUGACAAUAAAAAAGGCGAAGUAAAUGAGCUUCGAACCCUUCUUAAAGGCAUAAUGAAUCAGCGCGAUGUGAAAAAGCGCCGUGAAGCAAUCAAAAAGGUUAUUGCAUAUAUGACAUUAGGUAUAGACGUAUCUAAACUGUUUACAGAUAUGGUACUCAUAUCAUCUACUAAUGAUAUAGUGCAGAAAAAGAUGAUUUAUCUUUAUUUAGUAACUUAUGUUGAAGCAAAUCAAGAUCAAGCUUUGAUGGCGAUAAAUACUUUUUCGAAGGAUUGCCGAAGAACAAAUCCUGAUGCGAAAAUAAGAGGCCUAGCUCUAAGAAGCUUGUGCUCUUUAAGAUUUCCAGGAGCUAUGGAAUAUAUUCAAGGAGCUAUCACAGAAGGCUUAGGAGAUCCAGACCCCUAUGUGAGGAAAAUCGCUAUUAUAGGGCUCAUCAAACUGCACAGAUCUUCGAAAGAGCAAGGAAUUGGAGACUCUUUUAUCAAUACUCUGUAUGAACUUAUAAGAGACACAGACCCUAUAGUCUCUUCUAACGCAAUAAUCGCUUUAAAUGAAAUACUAGAAAAUGAAGGAGGUAUUGCAAUCAACAGAAAAAUGGUCGUUUACUUGCUUAAUAGGAUUCAUCAAUAUAAUGAAUUUGGCCAAAGCACUAUUUUUGAUAUAAUUGCACGAUAUUCUCCACAAGAUGACGAAGAAAUGCUGGACAUUUUAAAUAUUUUAGAAGACAGAUUAAGGCAUGCAUCAAGCAGUGUAGUGCUAGGGUGCAUCAAGGUUUUUAUGAAUAUGACCAAAGACAACCCGGUGCUGUUGAAACAAGUAUUUUCAAGAGUCCAAGCUCCACUUAUUACACUUUUUGUAGGUGGAGAAGUAUCAGAAGCUUAUGAGUUGUCAUAUUGUGUAUUGGCGCAUAUAAGCUUGAUAAUUUCAAGAGGAGCUGCUGAGGUGUUUGAAAAUGACUAUAAAAAUUUCUUUUGCAAAUAUGACGAGCCUACAUAUAUCAAGUUUUUGAAAAUCGAUAUACUUAUGAUGAUUGCAACAGAAAACAAUUUAAAUGAUAUUGUAAAUGAAUUAUGUGCCUAUGUCACUGAUGUCAAUAUAGAAAUGAGCAAGCAGUCUAUCAGAUCAAUUGCUUUGAUUGCAAUGAGAAUUCAAUCUUCAAGCACCGCAGUAAUCAGACAGCUUGUCGGUUUUCUAAGCUGUGGGAUAGACUACGUUAUUACAGAAACUCUAGUAGCCAUGAAAGACUUAUUAAGAAAGUAUCGAAGUUUAAGCGAAGAAAUUGUGCCUCAGCUUACUAGCACUCUAGAUGUAGUCAGCAACGAUGAAGGAAAAGACACUCUCAUAUGAAUAAUUGGAGAAUUUGGUAAUCAAAUAGACCAGGCUCCUUACAUAUUAGAAGGAAUUAUUGAUAAUUUUAACCCCAGUGAAAAUCUGACUAUAACCUAUGCAUUAUUAACAGCUAGCGUUAAGCUCUUUUUAAAGCGCGCUCCAGAGAUGCAAAAUACGCUAUCAACGUUAUUUAAACUGCUAUUUACUGACUGUGAUAAUCCUGAUAUUCAUGAUAGGGCAGGAUUUUAUUACAAGCUUCUUCAAAAUAGCCCAGAUAUAGCAGAUCAAAUAAUAAAUUGCGAUAAGCAUCCCAUACAUAUGUUUUUUGAGGAUGAUAAGACACAAGCUACAGAGGUUCUUUGUCAGGAAUUCAAUCAGCUGAGUGUCAUUUAUCAAAAGCCUGCAAAAGCGUUACCAAAGCAAAAAGCUCAGCAGGAAGUUGGAGAAGUUGAAGCAGUAAACCCUUCAAAGAUUCAAAGAGAGCCAGAGCCAACAACAGAUUUAUUAUCACUGGACUUACUAGAUCAAGAUUUAGUUUCACCCCCAGCUUAUUUGAUUCUUCAUCCAGACCCGUCAAUGGAUUCCAUUGAAUUUCAAAACCUUUGGGCGAAUAUUUCAGACGAAAGUCGGUUUGGCGAAAGGCUAGCAAGAGCUAUUGGCUUUGAAGACGUAGAAAAUCUGUUCGCCCAAUUAAAAAUAGUCUGUAUUGCUGGUGGGAGUGAAAAUGACCACUUAAAAUAUUAUUUCUAUGCUAGAGACCAAAACAGUGGAAGCCCAUUUUUGAUAGAACUGAAUAUCUUUAUGAGAACUGGGGAGGUCCAAAUGACUAUAAAAGCUCAAAAUCCAAGAUGGAUGCAAGAUUUUGUAGGAAUUGUCUAUCAAGCCCUAGCACCAAUAAUUAAUAGAAGCUAA